CUCCAGCCCCGGCAGCGGGCGAGGUAGGAUGUCUGGGCUGAACGUUGCUGCCUGAAGGGAGGAGAGGGGAGGGGAGGGAGACAUGUACCUUCUGGACAGCAGCGAGCCGCCGGCCGCCGCCUCCCCGGAGAGGAUGCAGCGGGGGACACCCCAGAGGAAAACGGUCUACCGCAUCUCUGUGACCAUGGUGAAAAAGGAGCUGCUAGGGCCAGAGGGAAGCCAUCCUGGCCCGGAGGUGCCCCAGCACGGGCGGCGGGGAGGGAGACAAGCUCUGGACUCUUCCAGCCUCACCAGGGCCGGGCUGCUGCUGCUGGAGGAGGAGGCUGAGGAGGAGAGCGAGGAGCAGGACAGAGUACCCAGCCCCUGCGGCUUCCGCAACUUCAGGACCCUCAGCACCGGGCAGCUGGAGCUGGGCCGUCUCAAGGUGCCGCGGAGAGUGGCACAGCCUUUCCCCGCUGAGCUGACCUUCAGGUGGCCCCGGGAGCCAGACACUGCCGCCCCUGAGAGGGCGAGGAGCAGCCCUUCACCAGAGGAAGCAGCUCCCGCUGCUGCACUCGCCCCCCACCAGGGCCCAUGCCCGAGCAGCGGGGAGCCCCUGCCAGCGGUGGCCACCUGUGGCGGGGCUGAAGCUGCAAGAGAGCUGGAGCUGGCUGCCUCCCCCGGGGGCGAUGCUCAGCUCGGGGCCCACCACUCACGCACUGACCGCUCCAGCAACGCGCUGCGGCUGGGGGAGCAGGGGCAGAGCCCCUGGCGGCAGCCAGGCCUGCUGCGGCGCAGCUUCAGCUUUAGGCACUGGAGCGGGGGGGAGCUGCUCCGGCUCCGGGCGCUCACCCGGGUGCGGCGGCACAGCAGCUCAGGCUGCCUGCCCACACUGCCCGACCCUCCACCAAGCGCGGCGGCCCCGGCGCUGCACUCGCCGCCCGCCGCCUCGCCCGAGCCGUCUGCCGCCGUCCCUGAGAAGCGCAACACCCUGGACGUAGGCGAGGUGCUGAGCAAAGCAGACCCCCUUUCUGAGCUGGAGCGCUGGGAGCGGAGCAAGAGCAAAAACCGGACCCUGGAUAACAGCGACCUGCAGCGGCUCUCCGAGCGCCUGGGGCGGGAUAGCCCUGCCGGUGGCGGCCCCGCUGCCCAUGAGCACCGGCUGCUGCGCUUCUUCAGUGGCAUCUUUGCCCGCAAGGAUGGUACCUCCACCCCCUUCGGCAGCCCCCACGGCCGCUCCCCGCGCAGCAGCUUCUCCAGAUCCAGGGCUUAUUUUAGCAGCCUCAGGAGAGCCACUGUGGAUGUGCAGUCUAGCUCCGAGAGCAUCAAUGGGUCCCCUCACAAAGAUGCCUUUGUAAAUAGCCAGGAAUGGACACUAAGCCGAGCUGUACCAGAGCUCAAAGUGGGGAUUGUGGGUAACCUAGCAAGUGGCAAGUCUGCACUUGUGCACCGGUAUCUGACUGGCACAUAUGUCCAGGAAGAAUCACCUGAAGGUGGGAGAUUCAAGAAAGAGAUAGUAGUGGAUGGACAAAGCUAUCUGCUGCUGAUUAGAGAUGAAGGGGGCCCUCCAGAGGCACAGUUUGCCAUGUGGGUGGAUGCUGUUAUAUUUGUCUUCAGCUUGGAAGAUGAAAUUAGCUUCCAGACUGUUUACCACUACUACAGCCGUAUGGCUAACUAUCGUAACACUAGUGAAAUCCCCAUGGUACUAGUGGGAACCCAGGAUGCUAUAAGUUCCAGUAAUCCCCGUGUCAUAGAUGAUGCCAGAGCGAGGAAGUUAUCCAAUGAUCUCAAGAGAUGCACUUACUAUGAAACCUGUGCUACUUACGGACUCAAUGUGGAGAGAGUCUUCCAAGAUGUUGCCCAGAAGAUCGUUGCCACAAGGAAGAAACAGCAGCUCUCGAUCGGACCCUGCAAAUCUUUACCAAACUCUCCAAGUCACUCAUCUGUGUGUUCUGCCCAGGUUUCUGCUGUACAUAUCAGCCAGACCAGUAAUGGAGGAGGGAGUUUAAGUGAUUAUUCCUCCUCUGUCCCAUCAACUCCAAGCACCAGCCAGAAGGAGCUACGGAUUGAUGUUCCUCCCACUGCCAACACACCAACACCUGUCCGUAAACAGUCCAAGCGCCGAUCCAACCUUUUCACGUCUCGAAAAGGGAGUGACCCAGACAAAGAGAAGAAGGUCCUGGAGAGCAGAACAGACAGCAUUGGAAGCGGUCGUGCGAUCCCAAUUAAACAGGGUAUGCUGCUAAAACGAAGUGGCAAGUCAUUGAAUAAAGAAUGGAAGAAGAAAUACGUUACAUUGUGCGACAACGGUGUGCUGACCUAUCAUCCUAGUUUGCAUGACUAUAUGCAGAAUGUUCAUGGGAAAGAAAUCGACUUGCUGAGAACCACUGUGAAAGUCCCGGGAAAGAGGCCACCCCGAGCUACAUCAGCUUGCGCACCCAUUUCUAGUCCCAAAACAAAUGGCCUCUCCAAGGACAUGAGCAGUUUACACAUCUCGCCGAAUUCAGGGAACGUGACUACUAGCACAUCUGUGUCUCAGAUGGCCAGUGGGAUCAGUCUAGUCUCCUUCAACAGUCGUCCGGAUGGUAUGCAUCAGCGCUCUUACUCGGUCUCCAGUGCAGAUCAGUGGAGUGAGGCAACAGUCAUUGCAAACUCUGGCAUUAGCAGUGAUACCGGGUUAGGAGAUUCUGUGUGUUCGAGCCCGAGCAUAUCCAGUACAACCAGCCCCAAACUCGAUCCACCUCCUUCGCCUCAUGCCAACAGAAAGAAACAUCGCAGGAAGAAGAGCACUAGUAAUUUCAAAGCUGAUGGUGUCUCGGGCACAGCUGAAGAACAAGAAGAAAACUUUGAGUUUAUCAUUGUCUCUCUCACUGGCCAGACUUGGCACUUUGAAGCUACUACGUAUGAAGAAAGAGAUGCAUGGGUACAAGCCAUAGAGAGUCAGAUCUUGGCCAGUUUACAGUCAUGCGAGAGCAGUAAGAACAAGUCCCGAAUGACGAGUCAGAAUGAGGCCAUGGCCCUGCAGUCAAUAAGGAACAUCAGAGGCAACUCUCACUGCGUGGACUGCGAGGCACAGAACCCUGACUGGGCCAGCUUGAAUCUGGGAGCUCUCAUGUGUAUCGAAUGCUCAGGUAUCCACCGAAACCUUGGCACACACCUCUCCCGGGUCCGCUCACUGGACUUGGAUGAUUGGCCUUUAGAGCUCAUCAAGGUCAUGUCUUCUAUUGGAAACGAGCUGGCGAACAGCGUCUGGGAGGAGAGCAGCCAAGGCCACCUGAAACCUUCAUCUGACUCUACAAGGGAUGAAAAAGAGCGUUGGAUACGUGCGAAAUACGAGCAGAAGCUCUUCCUUGCCCCGCUGCAGUGCCUGGAGCUCUCUCUGGGCCAGCAUCUCCUGAGGGCUACAGCCGAGGAGGACUUGCGGACGGUGAUCUUGCUCCUUGCCCACGGCGCGCGGGAGGAGGUGAACGAGACCUGUGGUGACGGCGAUGGGCGCACCGCCCUCCACUUGGCGUGCAGGAAAGGCAACGUGGUGUUGGUGCAGCUCUUAAUUUGGUACGGCGUUGAUGUGAUGGCCCGCGACGCCCACGGCAACACGGCGCUGGCCUACGCCAGGCAGGCCUCGAGCCAGGAGUGCAUUGACGUUCUCCUCCAGUAUGGCUGCCCCGACGAGCGCUUCGUCCUUAUGGCGACUCCGAAUUUGUCCCGGAAGAACAAUAACCGAAACAACAGCAGCGGAAGAAUGCCCACCAUCAUCUGAGGGACUUAGUCGCGUAUUCGCUGACCUGAAUCACACCCGCAGCCUCAUUAUUCCUCCAUUCCCAUCACAGCUCUGCUCUGUGAGUCUGCAAACUUUCCUUUUCCCUUUUCCCUUCGGUCCAUCCCUGUCCCAUCCAGGAACGUCGCCUGUGGGGAGCGCGAGGGGAUGAGAAGGAGCAAAAGGGGCUGCAGAGAAAGCCUUUGUUUCAGCGAACGCUCCCGAACGAUGACGGCGGCGAAACGGCGGCGCAGGAGCGAGGGUGCGGGGGGGUUCCCCGGGACAGAGCGCGGCAGCGCUGGGACGGCGGGCUCUAGGCACCGGCUCCACGAGUGGGGCAGGAAAGGGGUGGAGGGAGCGGCAAGCAGAAGCAAGAGGAGAAGCAAGACGAACCGGCAACUUCCCGUAACUUGACAGUUAAGCACAUCAGUACGUUUCACCUCUACCAAACGGAGCGCUUGGAUUUCAUUCUUCUCUCUGAAGAGCUUGACGGCAUAAAUCAGAAGCAAGCACAGAGUUUGUCAGGUUUGAAGCUCCUAUGAUGGUAUGUGUCAAAUCAGUUGUAGCUAAUCUGUCCAGGGAGAAUACUGGCUUCAUUACACUUGUAUAGUUGAGUUCUUCCAGCAUUACCGCUGUUUAAUAGAACAUGAUUAGUCAUCACGGAGAAAAAAGCAUAUUAGCUGAGGAGGUAGUUACAUGGCACGCUUCGGUGAUUGCUUGGAUGUGAUUGCAAUAUUCUUAGAAGCAUCAUAUUAUCUCAGACAUGUUCUUUCAAGCCCUUGGAGCCCUCCUUUCUAAAUUCACUGUCAUAAUUUAGUAUCUGUUUAAUUUUUCAGUCCAAAGAGAGGAAAUGAGUUGCUGAGUGUUAUUUGACUGCAGUCUCCUUGGUGUAAAAACAAAAUGGAAAAAAUAAAUAAGAGUAACUAUGAAACACAAAAAGGAAUAAUGAAUACUGCUAAGGAAAAACAUUUCAAGUACAUUUAGUAAAAUUAAGAAAUGCAUUAAAGGCUAAUAUUUUUUCAGCCAGCAGAAAUAUAUUCUGUCAUUUUGCCAAGGUAAAUGUGUUGAGUUUUUGGUCACUCCUGUGAUUCAUUGCCUAACUUAUACAGAUUUUGUAUUGUGUCUUUAGAUUAUAUGUAUGUAAAAGCUAU